AUGCACAAAUGGUCUGGACUAUGGCUUUUGCGGCAUACAAGGCCCACGUUGCGGAUUUAUAGACUUUUACAGAGAGCUGGGAUCGUACGGUAUCGACUUCCGGAUCUUCCAACAGAGAUUUGGGAGCAGAUCCUCGCGUUUGGCCUAGAUAUACCAGAGGCAUUGGGUACAACGUGUACCCCAGAGGGUAUUCUGGAAUAUCUAUACUAUCAUCGCUUCCAAGAGUACAUCCGGUCCGGCAAACGGGUUCAUACCUAUACCAAAUCGCCGACGACCCGUUCUGCCUCGAUGGAGGAUUACGCAGUCGAUCCGGAUCAUCCAUAUGAAGCGUACCUACAACGACGCUUGACGCUGAGCCUAGUGUGUUCCGACUGGCAUACGUUCGUUCGGCGGCAACGCCCGGCGUGGUCGUUUGGAACUGUGGAACCCGGUUUGCAGACAGUCGAGCGGCUCGAGUUGGUAUUACCACCUGCCGGGGUCACACUAUUCGACAAAGAAUCUCCGAAUCCCAAACUCCGGGAUGACGAUCUGAAGGAGUUGCGAAUUCUCGCAAUAGGUACUUCUUUAUUCCUCCCUCGAGACGGAGCCAAUCUACAACGCGCAUUAGCCGACCUGUCCAUGUAUAGACCGGCGGUUUUGCGCAACAUAGAGUGUUUGGCAUACACUGGGCUCCAUAUCAAUAAUUUUGAUGUCGUUUGCAACCUCUUCGAGAAUCUGACGACACUCAUCAUCGAGGCGAAUUGGAUAUCCAAUAUGAAGCUGGAGCUACCAAGAGUGCAGGUGCUGAUGCUUAAAGCAUUCGAAAUGGAUGUAGGAAGGUGGAAUUGUCCAGCUUUGCAGCACCUAGCGCUGGUGUAUACAGAUCAUCCCGAUCCAUCACCCGAACCACUACCUCUGGAUAUUCACCGCCUCAUAUCCCCUUCCUUACUCCUCUCUCUCGUUGUUCACCGUCGAAUUCUGGUGGUGGAUCAAGCGUUUUGGCAUGAACACCCUUCACUCGUGCACAUCGGAUCCUCUCACCUCGAGUACCAUUCUCCGCCGCCACGAAACCACCCGCUUUCCCAUCUUAGUAUUGUCGAUAGAAUCCACUCUAAAACCUCUCCUGCAGGGUUUCGCCAUCUUGUCGAAUCAGGCCAUCCACUCGUCUGCGUCCGAUUUUCUCCAUACGACGUCUUUAGGCCUCAGAGUCUAUCUCCGGAAUGGGAUGCGCUCUAUUGGUGCACUCAACGCCGUGGGAUACUAGGGCCUAUCAUCCCACCCGAACUGAUAGAUACUCGCCCGGAAAUAGCGUUGAAAGGUCAACAGUGGAAAUGGCGGGCAAUGUCCUCGUUGCGCAUACCUUCGUCAUGGCCCCGAAAGCGUGACAGGUGGCUCAAGAAAUUUUGGGAAUUUGUCGACGGGCGGAUCAUUGGAAAAUUUCCUCUUGUCCGUUCUGUCGAAGGCAUUAUGGCUGCGAGUUACCUGGGUUCUGCUAUAGGCGCGACUCAUGUUUACUGGUUCCUUGAGUUGCAGACCGUUCGAAUACACGUAGUGACAGAGUUGUUUGGACUGGCUCUCCUGUUACUGCUUGUGGCAUACCAAGAGAUUCGAUCAUAG